AAAAAAUGUUACAAAUAAUAUGGUUAGACACCAACGAGUUACUCAAAGAUCCUCAUCCACCAAAAGGUCAAAAAGAUCCUCGUCCACCAACUUAAACCAGGAAAUAAUUGAAGUUUCUUCCCUUCUUCGAAGAUUCACCUUUAAUGAUUUGAAGUUGGCAACUAGGAAUUUUGAGUCUAAGAACUUUCUUGGUGUGGGGGGUUUUGGAAACGUGUUGAAAGGUUGGGUCAAUGAGCAUGGGAACUUUGCAGCACGACCUGGAACGGGGAUUCAAGUCGCAGUGAAAACCCUCAACCCAAAUGGAUUUCAGGGUCACAAGGAAUGGCUUGCUGAAAUUAGUUACCUUAGUGAGCUUCAUCAUCCAAAUCUGGUUAGGUUGGUUGGCUAUUGCAUCGAGGAUGACAAAAGACUGUUAGUAUAUGAGUAUAUGUGUCAAAGAAGCUUAGACAAACAUUUGUUCAAGACAACUAAGCACCUUACAUGGCCUGUCAGAAUUAAAAUUGCAAUUGGUGCGGCUAAUGCCCUUGCAUUUUUGCAUGAGGAAGCUUCAAGACCAGUAAUAUUUCGAGAUUUCAAGACAUCUAAUGUCCUAUUGGAUGAGGACUACAAUGCAAAACUUUCCGACUUUGGGCUUGCGCAAGAUGCUCCAAUGGGAGAUAAAACUCAUGUUUCCACUGAAGUAAUGGGAACACAAGGCUAUGCAGCCCCUGAGUAUGUUAUGACAGGACACCUUACUUCCAAGAGUGAUGUCUAUAGCUUUGGGGUGGUUCUACUUGAAAUGCUGACAGGAAGAAAAGCCAUGGAUCAAAGAAGGCCAAGGAAGGAGCAAAACUUGGUGGAAUGGUUGCGCCCUCGUCUUAGGGAAAAAGAUAAUUUCCACUAUCUGAUGGAUCCUAAACUUGAAGGUCAAUAUCCAAUGAAAAGUGCUCGUAGAGUAAUGUGGUUGGCCACUCACUGUAUUCGCCAUAAUCCUAAAUCAAGACCCCUUAUGAGUGAAGUGGUUCGUGAGUUGAAGUCUUUGCCUCUUUUUCAUGAUGAUAAUGACAUGGUUUCUGAUCAUCCUUGUCCCACAACCUCAUCAGUUUCCUCAAUCUCAAUUUCCUCAAGCUCACUUAAAAGAUUGCAUGUUGGCCCCUCCAACCAUGGUGGUGCAAACAAGUAUGGCCCCAGAACUGGUCAAUCACCAAACGUUCCAAGGCACUUUCAAGCUUAUCCUCUACCUCUUCCAAAUCCUGGUGUUGGAUCUUCAUCCAAUCCUACUGUUGCAUCUUCUUCAUCCAACCCAAGAUUUUAAAUACCAACCACAGUCACAUUGUGGUUUCAUCGUGUUUGUUGAUAUCACAGACAAAUGCGACAGUUGUGAUCUCAGUUGCAGUUGUAGCGACAGUUAAAAAACCUUGGUAUUGCAGUCCAAAUCACGGUCGCAGACGACCAUUUUUAAAA